CGCUAUGCCUCCUGCUCAGGCUACUGCGACCACAAACCUAUACGAGAUCCUUGGAAUCCGGAGAGAUGCUACCCAGGAAGAAGUAAGAAAAGCUUACAAGAAGCGAGCUCUGCAGACGCACCCGGAUCGACUGCCGCAGAACAUCGGGCCUGCAGACAAGCAAGCUGCGGAGGAGCAGUUCAGACUGGUCAAUAAUGCAUACGAAGUUCUGAAUAACGAGGACAACCGCAAGCUCUACGAUAGGCACGGCGUGUGGCCGCCACCCACAGAACAGCCCGCUUACCCGCAAGCAGAGACCCGCAAUUCCUUUGGGAACAAUCCCUUUUCCAAUGGCACCUUCUUCAACGCACCCUUUGGAUCCCGCUCGCAGCGCGGGUACAUGUUCACCGACCCGUUCGAGCUCUUCAACUCGCUCUUCGGUGACCUCCAUAGCGCGUUUGAGAACGACCCGAUCUUUGUCGGCACACCGUUCUUUCGUUCACCUUUCGAUGACCCUUUCUUCCGCUCCGCGCACAACGACCCGUUUUCCCGCUCACCGUUCGGAGGUCCGAUGUUUGGAGGCUCGAUGUUCGGGGGCUCAAUGUUUGGCCCUGGCUCGCCGUUCGGUGGCAUGCUCAUGGGUGGCUCGAUGUUCCCGCAAAUUGAAAGUGGCUCGAACAGCAGAAUGUACAGCUCAAGCACCGAGGCGGUCGGCCAGAAUGGCCAGUGGAUAUCGCGCAGCCAGAUGACGCGCACUGUCAAUGGUCGCACUGAGGUCAUCACCAAGCGGGUUGACACACAGGGUAACGAGCACGUCACGUACUCCUCGCCCGAAGGCGAGCGCUACACUAUCAACGGCGUAGAUCAGCCUUCGCAAUCCACUCGUCCAGUGGAGGGUCCACGGCGCUCGGAAACUGCUCCGCAACCUCGCCAGCCGCCACAGGCAAUCGCGGACGCCCCUACUCAACCUGCCAGUCACUUCAUCCCGCAGCAGCAACAAGCGCAAGCAUACAACGUCCCCAUUGCUGGUCCCGCACAGACCCAGGCUCCACCACCCAACAACGCCUACCUUGAUCGCGCACACUCCCAUCGUUCGCGGCACAGCAGCCACCGCGACCGGCACAGCGCCGAAGACGCCCCAAGACGGAGCUACACCACACGUACGUCCUCCGCGUCCCCGCGCCCUCCCGCUGACCCACGUGUGGCCGGGCACGCUCGUACUGACUCCGCCCCUUCGCCCCCACGCGGUGUCCCUACAGCAAUGCCUGCGGAACGAAGCCACGGCGGCUACGACCAAGCGGCGGCGAACGGCUAUGAUGCGUCGAGGAACAGCGGUGCUUAUGUGCGCGACCCGCGCCGCGAGAGCGCCCAUAGUGGGCACACGCAUCCCAGCGUCGAUAGCGGGAAGACGCGGUAUCCCCACCGGUCGUCGCGGCACGAUAGCAUGAGCCCGGAGCAUGCGCGAGACCGCGAUCGCGAGGGCGCGCCGCCGGCGACGGAGGAACCUGGACACUCGCGGCGCGGAUGGCGCGGAUGGUGAGCGACGCCAUAGGUGCCUUUUGGCGACUUCUCUUGUUGCGCGGGAUAGGACUGAUGGCGGAUUUCAGGUUGAGUUCGAUCAUCCACCCACUUCGCCAUCGAAACCACGACGCCGUCGAAGAGAAGGAGAAACGACGAAUGUCGGCUCGGUUGUGAUGUGUAUCGUGAGUAUUUCGGGGCUCCUGCAUUCUAAUUCUUCUGCUUCUUGUGUUCGCCUUCGCAUCGCUCCAUGUGUAUGAUAUAUCCACCGUCUUUGUAUACUUUGUACUGUCCUAGAAUCUAGUCAUUUCAGGAGCGCC